AUGAGCAAGCGGCGGGCGGAGCCGGAGGACGCGGCGCCGGGCGAACCGAGAGCACUCCUGUCCUCUGCCUGCAUGCAGGCGGCUGCCGGAUGCUGCGCUUCACUGGCCCAGUCUGGCCGCGGAUUGCGGACGCUCGGGCCCGCGCUGCGCAUCCCCGCAGACGCCACCGCACUGGAUGUUUCCCACAACCUGCUUCGGGCACUAGAUGUUGGGCUCCUGGCGAACCUCUCGGCACUGACAGAGCUGGACAUAAGCAACAACAGGAUUUCUACGUUAGAAGAAGGAACAUUUGCUAAUUUAUUUAAUUUAAGUGAAAUAAACCUGAGCGGGAACCCGUUGGAGUGUGAUUGUGGACUGGCGUGGCUGCCGCGCUGGGCAGAGGAGCAGCAGGUCCAUGUAGUGCAGCCUGAGGCGGCCACAUGCGCGGGGCCUGGCCCCCUGGCUGGCCGGCCCCUUCUCCAAGUCCCCUUGUCUGGUAGUGGCUGUGGUGAGGACUAUGUCGCCUGCCUCCCCAACAACAGCUUGGGCGCUGUGGCGCUGGUGACCUUCUCAGCUGCCCAUGAGGGCCCGCUGUUGCCCGAGGCCUGCAGUGCCUUCUGCUUUUCCGCUGGCCAGGACCUUGCAGCCCUCUCAGAGCAGGGCCACUGCCUGUGCGGGGUGGCCCAACCCCCCAACACCUCCUCCGCCUGCCUGCCCUUCUGCUCUGGCUCCCCACUGCCCCAUACCCCUGCCUGCAGGGGCCCCACCCUCCUCCAGAAUGUCUUCCCUGCCUCCCCAGGGACCGCCCUGGUGGGGCCCCAAGGACCCCUGGCCUCUGGCCAGCUAGCAGCCUUCCGUAUCACUGCCUCACUGCCCAUCAGCUCCACACACUGGGACUUCGGCGAUGGCUCCCCUGAAGUGGACAUCACUGGUCCGACUGCCACUCACCGCUAUGUACUGCCCGGGCACUAUCAAGUGACAGCUGUGCUGACCCUGGGGGCUGGCUCAGCUAGGCUAGGGACAGAAGUGCAAGUGGAGGCAGCUCCUGCUACCCUGGAGCUCAUAUGUCCAGCCUCAGUGCACAGCGAUGAGACCCUUGAGCUUGGUAUCCGAAAUCGUGGUGGCUCAGGCCUUGAGGCCACCUACAGCAUUGUGGCCCUGAACGAGGAGCCGGCCCAAGUGGUGCACCCGCUGUGCCCCUCCGACACCGAGGUCUUCCCUGGAAAUGGGCACUGUUACCGCCUGGUGGCGGAGAAGGCGGCCUGGCUGCAGGCGCAGGAGCAGUGCCGGGCCUGGGCCGGGGCCGCCCUCGCCAUGGUGGACAGUCCUGCCAUCCAGCACUUCCUGGUCUCCCGGGUCACCAGGAGCCUAGACGUGUGGAUUGGCUUCUCGGCUGUGGAAGGCACUGAGGCAGGCACAUUGUCGCAGGGUGAGGCCUUCAGCCUGGAGAGCUGCCAGAACUGGCUGCCCGGGGAGCCACACCCCGCCACAGCAGAGCGCUGUGUGAGGCUUGGACCUGCCGGGCAGUGCAACACGGACCUGUGCUCGGCGUCACAUAGCUAUGUCUGUGAGCUGCGGCCUGGAGGCCCUGUGUGGGACUCGGAGAACUUCCUCGUGGGGGCGCCAAGCGGAGACCUGCAGGAACCCCUGAGCCCCCUGGCUCAGCAGGAGGCGCUCUCAGCGCCCCAGGAGCUCGUCGAGGUGAUGGUGUUCCCUGGCCUAGGCCUGAACCACGAAGCCUUCCUCAUUACUGCGGAGUUUGGGACUCAGGAACUUGGCCGGCCUGCCCAGAUGCGUCUGCAGGUGUACCGACCUAUGGGAGAAGCAGGAGCCUCAGAAAACAGCAGCAAGCCCGAGAGUAGGUUCCUAAACAACAGGACUGAGCCGGCGCCUGCGUGCAUGCCAGAGGGUCUCCGGUGCCCCAAAUCCAACAUCUGCCUGCCACUGGACAGCCCUUGCCACCUUCAGACCUGUGCCAAUGGGUCCACGUCAGGGCCAUGGGCUUCCUAUGUACUGUGGAGGGAGUUUCUCUUCUCUGUGCCUGCGGGUCCCCCUGCCCAGUACUCGGUUGCCUUCCGUGGCCAGGAUGGCCCCCUCCUCCCUGGUGACCUCAUAGGCUUGCAGCAUGAUGCCGGCCCGGGCGCCUUCCUGCGCUGCACACCAGCAUUCGGCCGCCCAGGCCCCAAGGCCUCAUACCUCUCUACCAAUGCCUCGGCCUGGCUGGCCUGCCUGCCCACCCAACUGGAGGCUGGCUGGGCUGGCCAGGCCUGUGCCCUGCGGCUGCUUACUGCCACAGAGAGGCUCACUCCUUUGCUGGGCCUGAGGCCCAACCCAGGGCUUCAGCGGCCAGGACACUAUGAGGUCCGGGCCUCGGUGGGCAAUAGUGUGUCCAGGCGCAACUUGUCCUGCAGCUUUGACGUGCUUUCCCCGGUGGCCGGGCUGCGGGUCAUCUAUCCCAUCCCCCAUGAUGGCCUCUUCUACAUGUCCACCAACGGCUCAACCUUGGUGCUCCAGGUGGACUCCGGUUCCAAUGCCACAGCCACGGUGCGCUGGCCUGGGGACAACAUCAGUGCGCCUUUCGAGGCCACCUGCCCUGAUUCAGUGGUUGCUCUGGUGCCCAGCUGUGCCAGUGAGGCCAACGACACCCUGUUCUCUGUGCUGGCGCUGCCCAGGCUCAGUGAGGGCAAGCAUUCAGUGGAGGUGGUGGUGGAGAACAGUGCCGGCCAGGCCAACCUCAGCCUGUGGGUGAAGGCGGAGGAGCCCAUCUGUGGCCUCCGAGCCACACCCAGUCCCGAGGCCCGUGUGCUGCAGGGUGUCCUGGUGAGGUACAGCCCCAUGGUGGAGGCCGGCUCAGAUGUGGUCUUCCGCUGGACCAUCGAUGACAAGCAGUCUUUGACCUUCCAUAAUGUGGUCUUCAAUGUCAUCUACCAGAGUGCUGCUAUCUUCAAGCUUUCGCUGACGGCCACCAACCACGUCAGCAAUGUCACUGUGAACUACAACGUCACUGUGGAGCGGAUGCACAGGAUGCGGGGCCUGCAAGUGUCUGCAGUGCCAGCCGUGCUGCCUCCCAAUGCCACGCUGGCGGUCGCGGCCGCUGUGCUGGUAGACUCGGCUGUGGAGGUGGCCUUUCUGUGGACCUUCGGGGAUGGGGAGCAGGUGAUUGGCCAGUUCAAGCCUCCAUACGAUGAGUCCUUCCAGGUCCCAGACCCUAUGGUGGCCCAGGUGCUAGUGGAGCACAACACCACACACACCUAUACUGUCCCAGGUGAGUACAACCUGACCCUGCUUGUGUCCAACACGUUCGAGAACUUGACGCAGCUGGUGCCUGUGAGUGUGCGCCCCACUCUGCCAGCCAUGGCCGUGGCUGUGGGCAGUGCUGUCCUGGUGGCCGGCCGGCCCAUCACCUUCUCCCCACACCCACUGCCCUCACCUGGGGGUGUCCUGUACACGUGGGACUUCGGGGAUGGUUCCCCAGCCGUGACACAGCACCAGCCAGUGAUCAACCACACAUACACCUCGAGGGGCACAUACCACAUCCGCCUGGAGGUCAACAACACAGUAAGCAGCGUGGCGGCGUGCGCCGGUGUCCGCAUCUUCGAGGAGCUCCGAGGCUUGACCGUGAGCCUGAGCCCGGCUGUGGAGCAGGGCAUGCCUGUGGUGGUCAGUGCCACCCUAGAGUCAGGCGACAAUGUCACAUGGACUUUUGACAUGGGAGAUGGCACAGUGCUCAUGGGUCCUGAGGCCAUGGUAGAGCACGUGUACCUGCGGGCACAAAACUGCACAGUGACUGUGGGUGCAUCUAGCCCUGCUGGCCACCUGGCCCAGAGCCUGCCUGUGCAAGUCUUCGUCCUGGAGGUGCUCUGGAUUGACCCUGCGGCCUGCAUACCUGUGCAACCCCAGGCCCAGCUUAUGGCCCACGUCACUGGGGACCCUGCGAACUAUGUCUUCGAUUGGACCUUCGGGGACGGCUCAUCCAACACGACCAUCUGGGGGGAUCCGACAGUGAUGCAUAAUUUCACACGGAGUGGCACGUUCCCGCUGGUGCUCAUCCUGUCAAGCCGUGUGAACAAGGCACAUUACUUCACCAGUGUGUGCGUGGAGCCCGAGGUGGGCAAUGUCACUCUGCUGCCUGAGAGGCAAUUUGUGCGGCUUGGAGAUGAGGCCCGGCUGGUAGCCCUCACCUGGCCCUCAUUCACCUACCGCUACAUCUGGGACUUUGGCACUGAGGACACGCCCUGUGUUGGGGGCCCUGAGGCCACAUUCACCUACUGGGAUGUGGGCUCCUACCUGGUGACAGUGACCGUGUCCAACAACAUCUCGGCUGCCAACGACUCAGCACUUGUGGAGGUGCAGGAGCCUGUGGAGCUCGUGAGCAUCAGGGUCAACGCCUCUCGUGCGCUGGAGCUGCAGCAGCCCUACCUAUUCUCCACUGUGGGCCGUGGGCGUCCCGCCACCUACCUGUGGGAGCUGGGGGAUGGCGGGCGACUCGAAGGCCCUGCGGUCACACACACCUACACCAGUAUAGGCCACUUCACUCUCAGAGUGGCCGGCUGGAACCAAGUGAGUCGUGGUGAGGCCUGGCUGAACGUCUCAGUACAGCAGCGUGUGCGGGGGCUUAGCGUCAAUGCCAGCCGCACGGUGGUGCCCCUGAAUGGCAGUGUGAGCUUCAGCACUUCACUGGAGGCGGGCAGCGACAUGCACUACUCCUGGGUGCUGUGCGACCGCUGCACACCUAUCCCUGGGGGCCCCACUAUCUCUUACACCUUCCGCUCCGUGGGCACCUUCAACAUCAUUGUCACGGCUGAGAACGAGGUGGGUGCCGCCCAGGAUAGCAUCUUCAUCUACGUCCUGCAGCGCAUUGAGGGGCUACAGGUGACUGGUGGCGGUGGUGGCUGCUGCUUCCCCACCAACCGCACGCUUCAACUACAGGCUGUGGUCAGGGAUGGCACCAACAUCUCCUAUAGCUGGAUUGCCCAGCGGGACAGUGGCCCAACCCUGGCUGGCAGUGGUAAAACCUUUUCACUUACUGUACUUGAGGCGGGCACUUAUGUUGUCCAGCUGCGGGCCACCAACAUGCUGGGCAGUGCCUUGGCCAACCGCACUGUGUACUUUGUGGAGCCUGUGGGGUGGCUGGCCGCGGCUGCCUCCCCAAACCCGGCCACUGUCAAUGCAAGUGUCACCCUUAACGCCGAGCUGGCUGGCGGUAGCGGUGUUGUUUACACCUGGUCCCUGGAGGAAGGGCUAAGCUGGGAGACCCGAGAGCCAUCCACCACCCACGCCUUUCCCACUCCUGGCCUGUACCUGGUCACGGUUACAGCCAAGAAUCAGCUGGGCUUGAUCAACACCACCAUCGAGAUAGCUGUGCAGGUGCCUGUGAGUGGCCUCAGCAUCAGGGCUGGCGAGCUAGAUGGCAGCUUUGUGGUAGCCGGCUCCACUGUGCCUUUCUGGGGGCAUUUGGCCUCGGGCACCAACGUGAGCUGGUGCUGGGCUGUUCCAGGUGGCAGCAGGCACGGCCAGCAUGUUGCUGUGGUCUUCCCUGGUGCUGGUACCUUCUCUGUUCAGCUCAACGCCUCCAAUGCAGUCAGCUGGGUCGUAGCCACGCAUAACCUCACGGUGGAGGAGCCUAUCGUGGGCCUGGUGCUGUGGGCCAGCAACAAAGUGGCAGAGCCUGGACAGCUGGUCCACUUUCAGAUCCUGCUAGCCACUGGCUCAGCCGUCAGCUUCCGCCUGCAGAUUGGCGGGGCCAGCCUCGAGGCACUCCCAGGGCCCCACUUUUCCCGCAGCUUUCCCCGGGUUGGGGACUAUACGGUGAGCGUCCAGGCUGAGAACCAUGUGAGCCGAGCGCAGGCACAGGUGCACAUACUGGUACUGGAGGCCGUGGGUGGGCUCCAGGUGCCCAACUGCUGCGAGCCAGGCAUCGCUACAGGCACUGAAAAGAAUUUCACGGCCCGGGUACAGCGGGGGACCCGCGUUGCCUAUGCAUGGUACUUCUCCUUACAGAAAGUUCAGGGAGACUCACUGGUCAUCCUGUCAGGCCGUGACGUCACCUAUACGCCAGUGGCUGCAGGGCUAUUAGAGAUCCACGUGCGUGCCUUUAAUGAGCUAGGCGGUGUGAACCAUACGCUCGUGGUCGAGGUCCAGGACAUCAUCCAGCACGUGGCACUGCGCAGCGGCCGCUGCUUCACCAAUCGCUCAGCCCGGUUUGAAGCCGUCACGAGCCCCAGUGCUCGGCAUGUGGCCUACCACUGGGAUUUUGGGGACGGAGCCCUGGCAGAGGAUACAGAGGAUCCAUGGGCCAACCAUUCCUACCUACACCCCGGGGACUAUCGUGUGGAGGUGAAUGCCUCCAACCUGGUGAGCUUCUUUGUGGCACAGGCCACGGUCACUGUCCACAUACUGGCGUGCCGGGAGCCCAAGGUGGAUGUAGCCCUGCCCCCGCAAGUGCUGAUGCGGCGCUCCCAGCGCAACUACCUUGAGGCCCACGUCGAUCUGCGUGGUUGUGUCACCUACCAGACUGAGUACCGCUGGGAGGUGUACCGCGCCACCAGCUGCCAGCGGCCUGGACGCAUGACCCGUGUGGCCCUGCCUGGCGUGGAUAUGAGCCGGCCCCAGCUGGUCGUGCCUCGCCUGGUGCUGCCUGUGGGCCACUACUGCUUUGUGUUCGUGGUGUCAUUUGGGGACACACCGCUGGCGCAGAGCAUCCAAGCCAAUGUGACAGUGGCCCCCGAGCGCCUAGUGCCCAUUGUCGAGGGUGGCUCGUACCGAGUGUGGUCAAACACACAGGACUUGGUGCUGGACGGGAGCAAGUCCUACGACCCCAACUUGGAGGAUGGGGACCAAACGCCACUCAGCUUCCACUGGGCCUGCGUGGCCUCAACGCAGAGUGGGACUGGUGGAUGUGCGCUGAACUUCGGGCCUCGUGGCAGCAGUGUGGUCACCAUCCCUCGGGAGCGCCUGCAAGCCGGUGUGGAGUACACCUUCAACCUGACCGUGUGGAAGGCUGGCCGGAAGGAGGAGGCCACCAACCAGACGGUGCUGAUCCGGAGCGGUCAGGUGCCCAUAGUGUCCUUGGAGUGCGUGUCCUGCAAGGCACAGGCAGUGUAUGCAGUGAGCCGCAGCUCCUAUGUAUACCUGGAGGGCCGCUGUGACAACUGCAGUGGGGGCUCCAAACGAGGGCGCUGGGCUGUGAGCACCUUCAGCAACAAGACACUGGUGCUGGACGAGACAACCACGUCCACAGGCAGCUCAGGCAUGCGGCUGGUGGUACGGCGCGGUGUGCUGCGGGACGGCGAGGGCUAUACGUUCACGCUCACUGUGCUGGGUCUCUCCGGGGAGGAGGAGGGCUGCGCCUCCAUCCGCCUCUCCCCCAACCGCCCUCCACUGGGGGGUUCCUGCCACCUCUUCCCAGUGGAUGCUGUGCGUGCCCUCACCACCAAGGUGCACUUCGAGUGCACAGGCUGGCAGGACGCAGAGGAUGCAGGCGCCCCAUUGGUGUAUGCCCUGCUGCUGCGGCGCUGCCGCCAGGGCCACUGCGAGGAGUUCUGUGUCUACAAGGGCAGUCUCUCCACGUAUGGGACUGUGCUGCCCCCUGGCUUUGCGCCCCACUUUGAGGUGGACCUGGCUGUGGUGGUGCAGGACCAGCUGGGUGCUUCUGUGGUCGCCCUCAACAGGUCUCUGGCCAUCACCCUGCCAGAGCCCCCAGGAGACUCCCUGGGCAGCCCCCUGGACCUCACCCCCUGGCUGCACAGCCUCACGGAGAGCUUACUGCCCAGGCUACUAAGACAGGCUGACCCCCAGCACGUCAUUGAGUACUCACUGGCCCUCAUCACCGUGCUCAAUGAGUAUGAGCAGGACCUGGCUGUGGCAGCAGAGCCAGAUUCUAGGUGGCAGCUACGAGCCCAGAUACGCAAGAACAUCACAGAGACCCUGGUCUCCCUGAGGGUCAACACCGUGGACGACAUCCAGCAGAUAUCAGCAGUGCUGGCCCAAUGCAUGGUGUCCAGCAAGGAGCCCGUGUGCCACUCGUGCCUAAAGAAGACACUGCACAAGCUGGAGGCCAUGAUGCGUGUCCUGCAGGCCGAAACCGCUGCAGGCACCGGGACGCCCACUGCCAUUGCCGACAGCAUCCUCAACAUCACAGGUGACCUCAUCCACCUGGCCAGCUCUGAUGUGCAGGACUCGCAGCCCUCAGAGAUAGGGGCUGAGCCACCCUCACUGAUGGUGGCAUCCAGGGCCUACCACCUGUCAUCAGCCCUCAUGUGCAUCCUUAUGCGUUCCCGAGUGCUCAAUGAGGAGCCCCUGACCCUGGCGGGUGAGGAGAUCGUGGCACAGGGCAAGCGCUCAGACCCGCUGAGCCUGCUGUGCCAGGGCAAUGCCUCGGUCCCUGGCUGUCACUUCUCCAUCCCCACUGCCUUCAGUGGGGCCCUGUCCAACCUCAGCGAUGUGGUGCAGCUCAUCUUUCUUGUUGACUCCAACCCGUUUCCUUUCGGCUACAUCAGCAACUACACUGUCUCCACCAAGGUGGCAUCCAUGGCCUUCCAGACGCAGACUGGUGCCCAGAUCCCCAUUGGGCGGUUGGCCUCAGAGCGUGCCAUCACCGUGAAGGUGCCCAACAGCUCUGACCAGGCUGCAUGGGGCCACCGCAUCCCUGCCAGCUCUGCCAUCGUCCCACCCCGGGCCUCGGUCAGUGCUGUGGUCGCCCCCGAGCACAGCAACCCUGAGGCCGGACUACACCUACAGCUCACUUACACAGUGCUGAAUGAGCACUACCUGUCUGAGGAGCCUGAGCCCUACCUGACUGUUUAUCUGCACUUGGCACCAUGGCCCAACGAGCACAACUGCUCAGCCAGCAGGAAGAUUAGCCUGGAGGCACUGGCCGGCAAGGACCAUAGGCCCUAUACUUUCUUCAUUGCUCCAGGGACCAGAGACCUGGGUGGGAGUUACUACCUGAACCUGACCAGCCAUUUCCACUGGUCGGCGCUGGAAGUGUCUGUGGGUCUGUAUACAUCUCUGUGCCAGUACUUCAGCGAGAAGGACAUGAUGUGGCGAACGGAGGGGCUUGUGCCCCUAGAGGAGACCUCGCCCAGCCAGGCCGUCUGCCUCACCCGCCACCUCACUGCCUUUGGAGCCAGCCUCUUCGUGCCCCCCAGCCAUGUCCACUUCAUCUUUCCUGAGCCGGCCUCUAGCAUGAACUACAUCGUCCUGCUGACAUGUGCCGUGUGCCUGGUGACUUACGCAGUCAUGGCUGUGAUCCUGCGUAAGCUGGACCAGCUGGACAUCAGCCGGGUCCGUGUUAUCCCUUUCUGUGGUAAGGGGGGCCGCUUCAAGUAUGAGAUCCUGGUAAAGACCGGAUGGGGCCGAGGCUCAGGUACCACGGCGCAUGUGGGCAUCAUGCUAUAUGGGGCAGACAGCCGGAGUGGCCACCGGCACCUGGAUGGGGACAGAGCCUUCCACCGCAACAGCCUGGAUAUCUUUCAGAUCGCUACCCCACACAGCCUGGGCAGUGUGUGGAAGAUCCGUGUGUGGCACGACAAUAAAGGGCUCAGCCCUGCCUGGUUCCUGCAGCACAUCAUUGUCCGAGACCUGCAGACCACCCGCAGCACCUUCUUCUUGGUUAACGACUGGCUGUCAGUGGAGACUGAGGCUAAUGGGGGCCUGGUGGAAAAGGAGGUGCUGGCAGCAAGUGACGUGGCCCUUCGGCGUUUCCAGCGCCUGCUGGUGGCUGAGCUCCAGCGUGGCUUCUUUGACAAGCACAUCUGGCUCUCUAUAUGGGACCGGCCACCUCGAAGCCGCUUCACUCGAGUCCAGCGGGCCACCUGCUGUGUCCUCCUCCUCUGCCUCUUCCUGGGUUCCAAUGCCAUGUGGUAUGGGGUCGUGGGAGACACUGCCUACAGUGUGGGACCCGUGUCCAGUCUGAUCCCACUGAGUGUUGACACGAUCGCCGUUGGCCUGGUGUCCAGCGUGGUUGUCUAUCCCAUCUACCUGGUCAUCCUGUUCCUCUUCCGAAUGUCCCGGAGCAAGGUGGCUGGGGGCCCAAGCCCCACCCCCACGGGACAGCACGUCCUAGACAUUGACAGCUACCUGGACUCAUCUGUGCUGGACAGCUCCUUCCUCGCCUUCCCUGGGCUCCGUGCUGAGGCCUUUGCUGGACAAAUGAAAAGCGACUUACUUCUGGAUGAUUCCAAAAGCCUGGUGUGCUGGCCGUCCAGCGAAGGCACACUCAGUUGGCCAGACUUGCUGAGCGACCCGUCCAUCAUGGGCAGCACCCUGCAGCGGCUGGCCCGGGGCCGGAUGGGCCACACGCUGAGCCCAGAGGAAGACGGUCUCUCCCUGGUCAGCCCCUCCUCCCCUACCAAAUACUUCUCAGCUUCAGAUGAAGACCUGAUCCGGCAGAUCCUGGCUGAAGGGACCAGCAGCCUGGCCCCUACCCAGGACACUCAAGUGGAAACGGACCUGCUCACUGGCCUGUCCAGCGCUCCUGGGGAGAAGACCGAGACCCUGAUGCUGCAGAGGCUGGGUGAGAGGGGGCUGUCCAGCCUGGGCCUGACCUGGGAGCAGCCCCAGUCAGCAAAGCUCUCCAGGACAGGGCUGGUGGAAGGUCUGCGGAAGCAGUUGCUGCCGGCCUGGUGUACACUCCUGGCCCAUGUGCUCAGCCUCCUACUGGUGGCUGUGGCCGUAGGGGUCUCAGGGUGGGUCGGUGCCAGCUUUCCCCCUGGCGUGAGUGUCAUGUGGCUCCUCUCAAGCAGCUCCAGCUUCCUGGCCUCAUUUCUUGGCUGGGAGCCACUCAAGGUCCUGCUGGAAGCCUUGUACUUCUCACUGGUGGCCAAGAGGCUUCACCCUGAUGAGGAUGACACUCUGGUGGAGAGCCCAGCUGUGACACCUGUGAGUGAACGUGUGCCCCGAGUGCGGCCACCCCACGGCUUUGCACUCUUUCUGGCAAAGGAAGAAGCCCGAAAGGUCAAGAGGCUGCAUGGGAUGCUGAAGAGCCUCCUGGUAUACAUGCUUUUCCUACUGGUGACGCUACUGGCCAACUACGGGGAUGCUUCAUGCCACAGCCAUGCUUACCGCCUGCAAAGCGCCAUCAGGCAGGAGCUAGACAGCCGGGCCUUCCUGGCCAUCACCCGGACUGAUGAGUUCUGGCCAUGGAUGUCCCAUGUACUGCUCCCAUACGUCCACGGGAACCAGUCCAGCCCAGAGCUUGGGCCCCCACGGUUGCGGCAGGUGCGGCUGCAGGAAGCACUCUGCCCAGACCCUCCUGGCACAGGAGUGCAUGCAUGCUCAGCAUCCUCAGGCGGCUUCAGCACCAGCGACUAUGGCAUUGGCUGGGGGAGUGCUGUCCACAACAGCUCUAAGACGUGGGCCUACUCCACACCAGACCUGCUAGGCGUCUGGUACUGGGGGUACUGCGCCGUGUAUGACAGCGGGGGCUACGUGCAGGAGCUGGGACUGAGCCUGGAAGAGAGCCGCGCACAGCUGGGCUUCCUCCAGCUGCACAACUGGAUCGACAACAGAAGCCGCGCCGUGUUCGUGGAGCUCACGCGCUACAGCCCGGCCGUGGGGCUGCACGCCGCCGUCACACUGCGCCUGGAGUUCCCUGUGGCUGGACGCGCGGUGGCAGCCCUCAGCGUCCGCCCAUUUGCACUGCGGCGCCUGAGCGCUGGCCUCUCGCUGCCGCUGCUCACCACGGUGAGCCUGCUGCUGUUCGCGCUGUACUUCUCUUUGGCGGAAGUGCGUGCCUGGCGUAGGGAGGGGCGUGUGCGCAUGGUGCGGCCUGGGGCCUGGGCGCGGUGGCUGCUGGUGGUGCUGACUGCAGCAGCGGCGCUCGUGCGCCUGGCCCAGCUAGGCGCCGCCGAUAGCCAGUGGACGCGCUUCGUGCGCCGUCGUCCGCGCCGUUUCACCAGCUUUGAGCAGGUCGCACAGCUGAGCGCCGCGGCCCGGGGCCUGGCCGCCUCUUUGCUCUUCCUGCUCUUGGUCAAGGCCGCCCAGCAACUGCGCUUUGUGCGUCAGUGGUCGGUUUUUGGGAAGACACUGUGCCGGGCCCUGCCGGAGCUCCUGGGAGCAGCCUUAGGCUUGGUGGUGCUCGCUGUGGCCUACGUCCAGCUGGCUGUUCUGCUGGUAUCGUCCUGUGUGGACUCACUUCAGAGUGCUGCCCAGGCCCUCUGGGUGCUGUGCCCAGGGGCUGGGGGUCCCGCCCUGUGCCCUGCCGAGUCCUGGCGCCUGUCCCCCCUUCUGUGCACCGGGCUCUGGGCACUGCGCCUAUGGGGUGCCCUGAGGCUGGGAGCGGCCCUUCUGCGGUGGAGGUACCACACUUUGCGUGGGGAGCUUUACCGCCCAGCCUGGGAACCUCAGGACUAUGAGAUGGUCGAGCUGUUAUUACGCAGGCUACGCCUCUGGAUGGGCUUCAGCAAGGUCAAGGAGUUCCGCCACAAAGUUCGCUUUGAAGGGAUGGAGCCGCUGCCCUCUCGCUCAUCCAGGGGCUCUAAGUCAUCCCCGGACAUGCCCCCACCUAGCGGGGACUCUGAUGCCUCGCGCCCCUCCACCUCUUCCAGCCAGCUGGAGGGGCUGAGUGCGGGCCUGGGCCGGCCUGGGCCACGGGGGGAUCCCGAGCCCUCCCGCCUCCAAGCUGUGUUUGAGGCCCUGCUCACCCAGUUUGACCGACUCAACCAGGCUACGGAGGAUGUCUACCAGCUGGAGCAGCGGCUACAGAGCUUGCGCGGCCGCAGGAGUAGCCGGCCCCCAGCCUCGCCUCCUGCUGGCCUCUCCCCAGGGCUUCGGCCAGCCCUAACCACUCGCCUUGCCCGGGCCAGUCGAGGCAUUGGCCUGGCUACAGGCCCCAGCAGGGCUUCUCUGCGGGCCAAAAACAAGGUCCACCCCAGCAGCACUUAGCCCCAGCGGGGCUGAGCUCAUGCCCCUUCUCCAGGGUAGGCCUGUGGCUUUUCUUUGGCCUCUUGGAGCCAGAGAGACACCACUCAGUAUUACUUUCUGCUGCCCUCAUGGUUGGGCUGAGCAGAACAGCUGCACACAGGUCCCCCAGAGAGCGGGCAACACUUGUCUGAGUCUCUCUGUGGGCUUCAGCACUUUAAAGAGGCCAUGUGGCCAUCUAGGACCCAGGGUUCCCUCCCCGGCUCCCUGUGGGAGGACACAGCAGUAUUGGACCAAGUGCCCAGCCUCUGAGACACUAAUUUAUUUCCCGAGUCCUCAGGUACAGCGGGCUGUGCCCGGCCCCACUUCCUGGGCAAACAUCUUCCCCUUGCUAAGGAUCCAGGCUGCGGGGAGGAAACCUGCACCCCCAAUACCCUCCCCCUAAGUUAUUACCUCUCCUGUUCCCUGCUGAGUGUACUCACUUCCAGCUGCCAUCUGUGUGUCUAUCGUCAAUAAUUUAUAUGGGGUCAAAAUGUAUAUAUUUUUGUACGUCGCUGUAUUUUUCACUAGGGCCGAGGGGCCUGGUCACUGACACAGCCCCAUGCCCACUGUAACCUGCAUUGAGGGGAAGCUGGGACUAUAGAGCUGGCCUCCCCAGACACCUGCCUAAAUGGCCCGGGAUGUAGGAAGUGACAGCUGCUUCUUGGGUCCAAGCCUGGCCUCAAGCAGGUGCUUGGACAUACAGUUGUUGGAGGGCACAGCUGCCCCCUAGGCAGUUCUUAUCACCACCAUGGCCUUGUUCUCCUGCCCUGCUCAAGGCCAGGCCUAGGCCUGCUGGUGUUGGGUCUAGAUUAGGAACAGGACUAGUGUGUGGCAGAGGAGCCCAGGGUGGUUGAGGGUAAGACCCCCUCCCUGGGGCUGGCUCCUGGGACUGGGGAAGGUGAGUGUGAGAGUGCGUGUGUGAGGCUUCCCUGAAGGGAUCAGGCCUUGAUGGCAGCCCAACAAUCCCCCUGUACCGCUUCUGUGGCCAUAGCCAAAGCUACAGCCUUGAUCCUGCCCCUACCCCCAACAGACAAAGUCAAAUAAAUGAGUUGGCUGACCA